AUGCGUUUGCGAUGGUCAGCUUGUGCCCUGCUGUGCGCCCUUGCGGAGGAGUUUCGUGAGGCGGUGGAAGAGGACGCCCUGUCCGUCUCGCGCCUGGCGUCCCUCUUUGGGCAGCUGGACGGCGACGGCGACGGCCAGGCGUCGCCACUGGAGCUGCUGAGGGCCGCGGAGGCAGUGCGCCUGGGCCUGGCGACGAAGGAUGUGGAGGUGGCGCUGGAGGAGAUGGACCGCAACCGCGAUGGCUGGGUGACCUUUGAGGAACUCCACGAGGGCGAGGUGGAACCCAUCGAUGACGACGAUCGGAGAGACAUGGAGCCGCCUGGCGCAAGGAAGCGCCGCACGGAAGAUCUGCAGCUCUUCAAGGCCGCGGACGUGGAUGCAGACGGGCGCCUGACGCCUGCGGAGUUACGUGCGGUGCUGUACCCGGAGACGCAGCAGGAGUUGUUGCGACUGGUGGCGGAACAUGCGUUGAAGAGAAAGGACCUGGAUGGGGACGGUCAACUCACGUUGUCCGAGUUCUGGGAGGGCGACGUAGCGCCCAACGAGGAACCACAGGAGGAGGGCGCCACCUUCCGGCGUUUGGACCGCGACCAGAACGGUCAUUUGAAUGUGGAGGAACUGAUGGACUGGGAAUCUGGCGCCCAUCACACGCAGGUGGCCUUCGAGGAGCUGCUGCGCAUGUGCGACGACAACGGAGAUGGGCAGUUGAGCCUGGAAGAGCUGACAGGACAUCAUCAGCAGUUGUCCAAUACCGACGCUGCUUAUCACUUCUUGGAAUGGGCCGAGCAUUACGUCCGCAAGGAGCGCCGCAAGGAUCUGAAAAACUUCGAUGAGUCGCACGAGACCAUCGCGGUCUAUGCCUUGAUUAACAUCGAGUGGCAGCUCGGUUUCGCCGUGGACAACGGAAGACCUGCGCUGGUGGGAUGCGAGCUAUCAGAGGGUGCGGUGGGUCACGGUGUUUCUGAAAGCGAAGCGGUGGUGGAGAAAGCUUGCAAGAAUCGAACGGGCGGUUGUUCUGAGUAUGACUAUGAGAAGGGCGAAGAAUGGGCAGCUGCUCGGUGA